UAACGUAGCAUCUACCGUCUUGCCCACUUUUAAGCAUCCGGUUUAGCAGCAUCCAUUACUCGCAUCCACAUUGUUACUCAAUCGCCACCACCCGUCCACUUCCAGUUCAUUCAAUUUUGACAUGUUUUCUCACAGCACAAAAAAUAGGGAAGCAAAGCUGAGAAUCCAGGCUACACAUGGAGCUGACGGACUCUGCUUACUGUUUUGGGGCCAAGAGGGCGCUGAAGGGACAGGCCAGGCCGACGUCAUUGUUCACCUGUUAAACCUGCUUUAGGGAUAAAGAUGGUUGAAAAUGUCUCUCCUGCAGCCACUGAAUUUGCUCAGAGAAGCCACCUGCUGGCACUGAAAGAGAAUGCAACAAGCUAGUAUUUAAACAUUCUUUAAAAAAUCACGUUUGCCUCCGUAGAGGAAUUUGGUCAUUUUGUUAAGUCUUGGAUAAAAUGGCAAAGCUGUAGGUUAUAUACCUGUGCAUCUAUACCUAUACAUACAAAUCUAUGCUAUAUCUAUCUCUGUACUUCUAUAUCUACACCUAUACAUCUAUAUCUGUAACUAUACCUAUAUCUCUACCUAUACACCUCUGUUUCCAUCUCCACUUCUAUCUUCUCCACCUCACUUGGUUAGAUGUAUUUUGUUGUUGUUGUUGCGGUACACGGGCCUCUCACCGUUGUGGCCUCUCCCAUUGCGGAGCACAGGCUCCGGACGCGCAGGCUCAGCGGCCAUGGCUCACGGGCCCUGUCGCUCCACGGCAUGUGGGAUCUUCCCGGACCAGGGCACGAACCCGUGUCCCCUGCAUCGGAAGGCGGACUCUCAACCACUGCACCACCAGGGAAGCCCGGUUAGAUGUAUUUUGAAUCUUUCCCUUGUAAACACGGCUCUAAAUCACCAUGUGCAAUGGCUCUACGAUGGUGCACCUGAUGAGGUCAUCCUCCUUCUUCCCAUCUCUCUCAUCCCCACCUCUGUGCUCAUCCCUCUUCUGCUCUCAGCUUUCCUUCUGCCAGCCUGGGAUCACUCACUGCUCUGCCACCUUCCACAAGGAGUAUUCCUCCAUAGCAGAUCAGUGUGCAGUUGGUACUUCAGUGUCUAUAAUUUUCUGGCCUUCUGGUCUUUUGCAGUUCACAUUUUGGUUUUCAAACUAAACUUUAGGUUCUGCUUUUCAAUACCUUUGCAUCUCUGAAAGUACCUGGAAGGAUGCUGUGUAGACUGCAGGCUGAGGACAAAGAAGACCAGAUCCACAGCCCUGUGUAUGUGCAUGCAUGGGGUGGGGGGCCAGGAAGGAAAUUGCAGCAGGUAAGGGUAUGGGAGUUUUUAGUCCUAAAAUCCACAUUCAGGGCAAUUUUGAGAUUUCUCUGAUCCUCUCUCUGUUUCUGGCUAGAUUUCUUCUCGCAUGGGUCCUCAUUGAGAUGCGGCCCCUGAUGUUUCCAACAUUCCACAGUCCUUACCCUUCCCUAUUGCCUCACACUUGGUCACUCCAUUCAUUUUCACUACCUGUCUGACUCUUGGAGUAUUUGAGUUUGUGAUCUCACCUCAAGUUUUUUCUUAAAGAUUUUCUUUGUCGAAGGGGUUUUCUCCCUGAAUUGAACAUGUUUUCUGUAGGAGUAAUUAUCAUUAAUUACAUCUUAUCUCUCCUUACAGAUCUUGACCAAAUCCCUCUGCCUUUACAACAUUGCCCCUGACUCUCAUUAUGUUUCAUCUCUAACUUCUUUGCAUUUGUUUGACUGUAUAAUCAAAUUUUAAAUUAUACGAUCUUAUUUCUACUUGCCUGAGACAUAUACUUCAUAUAUGAAUACAUAAUAGAAAUAAUAGCCAAUACUUAAGGAACAUUAACUGUAACAAAACUAUUUAAAUGAUGCUUGUGGUACAUCAUUUAAAUAAAAUGACUAAAAAUUGCCCACUAGGGAUUAUUAUUUUAUCUCUCCUAGUGGGAUUUUCACAGAGACAAAAUGUAGUUUAAAGGGAGCAUGGAAAUAAUUAUAAUUUAAUAAAGCCAGCCUUGCUGAGUUUUCAGGUCACCCCCCUCAGCCCUGCCUAGCUAGCCCAAUGCUGAAUAUAUGUUGGUGUGGAUAAAGUUAACAAAAUCGACCAAAAAGCAAUGUUUGUUAAAUUUCCUCUACUUAACAACUUUUUCCUAAUCUUAAUUAAAAGCUUUUAAUCUAUUAAUUAAUUUUAUCAUGACUUUCCAUAAUGAGCAUUUCCCAUUUCAUUUGUGGUUUUUAAAAUGUGCCACAAAUUGUAGAAAUUCAUCUUUAGUAUGUUUCAUACUCUGACACAAUUGGCAAGCCAAGAGUGGGGAUUUUGUAUUCUUACUUUAUGAGCAUUUAAAAUACCCUGUUCUAUGAAUAUGCAUUCUUUACUCAUGUUCAGUUGCUACACUGCUAUGGUAUCCCAUGGUGUUAACUGUCUUUUUUCAGUGGCUUGAGUUUUUUUUUUCCCCUCCUCUUAAGAGAACCUCAGAGAAGAAGGCGGGGCUGAGAAAUCUCAAGUUAUAAAAGCCUCUUCCUUUUGCAAGUAGAUCAGAGGAGCAGGAUCUUUGGAGUGAAAGCAAGUCCUGUCUGAUAACCUCCACAGGGGAAGAGAUGUCCUUCAAGGGCGCCCGGCUUAGCAUGAGAAGCAGAAGGAACGGCACGCCGGACAGCACCCGGACCCUGUACUCCAGUGCGUCUCGCAGCACAGACGUGUCCUACAGCGAGAGCGACUUGGUGAAUUUCAUUCAAGCAAAUUUUAAGAAACGGGAGUGUGUCUUCUUUACCAAAGAUUCCAAGGCCACGGAAAAUGUGUGCAAGUGUGGCUAUACCCAGAGCCAGCACAUAGAAGGCACCCAGACCAACCAAAAUGAGAAAUGGAAUUACAAGAAACACACCAAGGAAUUCCCCACUGACGCUUUUGGGGAUAUUCAGUUUGAGACUCUGGGGAAGAAAGGGAAGUAUAUCCGACUGUCCUGCGAUACGGACGCGGAAACCCUCUACGAGCUGCUGACCCAGCACUGGCACCUGAAAACGCCCAACCUGGUCAUCUCGGUGACCGGCGGCGCCAAAAACUUCGCCCUGAAGCCGCGCAUGCGCAAGAUCUUCAGCCGCCUGAUCUACAUCGCGCAGUCGAAAGGUGCCUGGAUUCUCACUGGAGGCACGCAUUAUGGGCUGAUGAAGUACAUUGGAGAGGUAGUGAGAGAUAACACCAUCAGCAGGAAUUCAGAGGAGAACAUAGUGGCCAUCGGCAUCGCGGCUUGGGGCAUGGUCUCCAACAGGGACACCCUCAUCAGGAGUUGUGAUGUCGAGGGAUAUUUUUCAGCUCAGUACAUUAUGGAUGACUUCAAGAGAGACCCUCUGUACAUCCUGGACAACAAUCACACCCACCUGCUGCUUGUGGACAACGGCUGCCAUGGGCACCCCACAGUUGAGGCAAAGCUCCGUAACCAGCUGGAGAAGUACAUCUCCGAGCGCACUAUUCAAGAUUCCAACUACGGUGGCAAGAUCCCCAUUGUGUGUUUUGCCCAAGGAGGUGGGAAGGAGACUUUGAAAGCCAUCAGUACCUCCGUCAAAAGUAAAAUUCCCUGUGUGGUGGUGGAAGGCUCAGGGCAGAUUGCCGAUGUGAUCGCCAGCCUGGUGGAGGUGGAGGAUGCCCUGACGUCAUCCAUCAUCAAGGAAAAGUUGGUGCGCUUCUUACCCCGCACAGUGUCCCGGCUGCCUGAGGAGGAGAUCGAGAGUUGGAUCAAAUGGCUCAAAGAAAUUCUCGAAAGUUCUCACCUAUUAACCGUUAUUAAAAUAGAAGAAGCUGGGGAUGAAAUUGUGAGCAAUGCUAUCUCCUAUGCAUUGUACAAAGCCUUUAGCACCAAUGAACAAGAUAAGGAUAACUGGAAUGGGCAGCUGAAGCUUCUGCUGGAGUGGAACCAGCUGGACCUAGCCAGUGAUGAGAUUUUCACCAAUGACCGCCGGUGGGAGUCUGCUGACCUUCAGGAAGUCAUGUUUAUGGCUCUCAUAAAGGACAGACCCAAGUUUGUCCGCCUCUUUCUGGAGAAUGGCUUGAACCUGCAGAAGUUCCUCACCAAUGACGUCCUCACCGAGCUCUUCUCCAAUCACUUCAGCACCCUGGUGUAUCGGAACCUGCAGAUUGCCAAGAAUUCCUAUAAUGACACCCUCCUCACGUUCGUCUGGAAGCUGGUUGCUAACUUCCGAAGAGGCUUCCGGAAGGAAGACAGGAAUAGCAGGGAUGAGAUAGACGACGUGUCUCCUAUUACUCGGCACCCCCUGCAGGCACUCUUCAUCUGGGCCAUUCUUCAGAACAAGAAGGAACUUUCCAAAGCCAUCUGGGAGCAGACCAGGGGCUGUACUCUGGCAGCCCUGGGAGCCAGCAAGCUUCUGAAGACUCUGGCCAAGGUGAAGAAUGACAUCAAUGCUGCAGGGGAGUCAGAGGAAUUGGCAAACGAGUACGAGACCCGAGCAGUGGAGCUGUUCACGGAGUGUUACAGCAGCGACGAAGACUUGGCAGAACAGCUCCUGGUCUAUUCCUGUGAAGCCUGGGGCGGAAGCAGCUGUUUGGAGCUGGCGGUGGAGGCCACGGACCAGCAUUUCAUCGCUCAGCCCGGGGUCCAGAAUUUUCUUUCCAAGCAAUGGUACGGAGAGAUUUCCCGAGACACCAAGAACUGGAAGAUUAUCCUGUGUCUGUUUAUUAUACCCUUGGUGGGCUGUGGCUUUGUAUCAUUUAGGAAGAAGCCCCUCGACAAGCACAGGAAGCUCCUGUGGUACUACGUGGCCUUCUUCACCUCCCCGUUUGUGGUCUUCUCCUGGAACGUGGUCUUCUAUAUCGCCUUCCUCCUGCUCUUUGCCUACGUGCUGCUCAUGGAUUUCCACCCUGUGCCACAACCCCCGGAGCUGGUCCUCUAUGCGCUGGUCUUUGUCCUGUUCUGUGAUGAAGUGAGACAGUGGUACAUGAAUGGGGUGAAUUAUUUUACCGACCUGUGGAACAUCAUGGAUACGCUUGGGCUCUUUUAUUUCAUAGCAGGGAUCGUAUUUCGGCUUUACCCUUCUAACAAAACCUCGCUGUACUCCGGACGAGUGAUUUUUUGCCUGGAUUACAUUAUAUUCACGCUCAGGUUGAUUCACAUUUUCACGGUCAGCAGGAAUUUAGGACCCAAGAUUAUAAUGUUGCAGAGGAUGCUGAUAGACGUGUUCUUCUUCCUGUUCCUCUUUGCCGUGUGGAUGGUGGCCUUCGGCGUGGCCAGGCAAGGGAUCCUCAGGCAGAAUGAGCAUCGCUGGAGGUGGAUCUUCCGCUCGGUCAUCUAUGAGCCCUACCUGGCCAUGUUCGGCCAAGUGCCCAGCGACGUGGACAGUACCACGUACGACUUCUCCCACUGCACCUUCACGGGGAAUGAGUCCAAGCCCCUGUGCGUGGAGCUGGACGAGCACAACUUGCCCCGCUUCCCCGAGUGGAUCACCAUCCCCCUGGUGUGCAUCUACAUGCUCUCCACCAACAUCCUGCUGGUCAACCUGCUGGUCGCCAUGUUCGGCUACACCGUGGGCACCGUCCAGGAGAACAACGACCAGGUCUGGAAGUUCCAGAGGUACUUCCUGGUGCAGGAAUACUGCAACCGUCUCAACGUUCCCUUCCCGUUCGUGGUCUUCGCCUACUUCUACAUGGUGGUCAAGAAAUGCUUCCGUUGCUGCUGCAAAGAGAGGAGCGCAGAGUCUUCCGCCUGCUGUUUCAAGAAUGAAGACAACAUGACUCUGGCAUGGGAGGGUGUCAUGAAAGAAAAUUACCUUGUCAAGAUCAACAUGAAAGCCCACGACACAUCAGAGGAAAUGAGGCAUCGUUUUAGACAGCUGGAUACAAAGCUUAAUGAUCUCAAGGGUCUUCUAAAAGAGAUUGCUAAUAAAAUCAAAUAAAAUUGCAUGGACUCUAAUGGAGAAAAAUCUAAUUCUAGCAAGGUGGCAUCAGACAUCUAAAUGGAAAAGAUUCAAGGGGUGCUCCUGAGUAGUUUUGUUCUCGUCUAAAUGAGAAUUGUUCAGGCCCCUGGGUGCACAGCGAUGGUUUUAAUCACCCCAGUGUGCUCAGUCUGAGGAUAAAAUGUGUUACUGAUUUCACACGAAAGAUGGAUGUAGAGGAAGAGCACCUCCUACAGCUCGCUUCCGCUGAAGGCUGCCCUAUUACUUUCCGAGUCUCAGUGGCCAGAGCCUGCUGGUGAUAGUUUAAACUGUACUGUGUCUUCCUGUUUCCUGCUCUCUUCCUCCUUUGACCCAUGCAUAUUAGAGAAUAUCUCUCCUAGGAGCUGGAACCUGGUCAUGAUUUCCCUCCUGUAUUGUUAUUUUGUUUAUUUCCGAUUGAUUCUCCAUUAUUUCCUUUUUUUUUUUUUUUUUUUUUGUAUAGUGUGACUAAUUAGCUGGCGUAUUGUUAAAAGUCUCCCCAGUCAGGUCAGGUUCUAAAAACAUGCUGCAGCAAGGGGGCUCUCCUUUCUUCAGGAGAAACUAUUUUCAUUUCUCAUUAUGCUUUUAUUCAUUAAAGCAGGUGAUAAAACAGCAUCUUCCUGUCUCACACUCACCAGGAGCUCCACUUGAAGGAAAUAUCCCCUUCCUAACCAUGUGAAAAGGCACCUAAAAAUGAAAUCCUCAGAGGUGCAUCUGAUUUUGUUUUCACUGCGUGUUCCUCUUUCUCCUCCUAGUUAUUAUUUUCCUAUUAAAAAGAAUUCGUGGAUAGUAUAGAAAAUUCAUGGGUAUUAUAGAAAACACAGACUACAUGGAAAAGUAGAAAAUAUAGUCUCACUACCUAAAGAUAAUCACUGCUAACAAGUUAGGAUGUUUUUCCAAGUCUGUUUUUUUUCUAUGCAUGUUUUAUUUCUCUUUUAAAAUUUUACAUAAUGUUAUCAUACCACGUAUACAAUUUUAUAUACACUUUUUCAGUUAAUAUUUUAUCGAAGAUGUUUUCUUUAUACUCACGGUCUUCUUAAACUUUACAUUAACAAUUGCAUGUUGUUCAGUCUCUAAUGAUUUCCACUGUGUUGGUCACUGAAGGUGGUUUCUCGUUGGCCAGUUGGAUGAGCAUCUUUGUGACAGAAUCUUUUUCCACAGUUGGGAAGAUUUCCCAGGGCUAGAUUCCCAGGAAUAUGUAUUGACUAUCAAACUGUUUACAAGACUUUUUCAUAAAUGUUUAGCAAAUAGGAAUUAUUAACUUGAUAUAAGAUAUGAGAUACAUGAACCUAGAACUCUUAAGAUAAAAUAUUAUAUCUAAUCCUUAGUUUAGGAAGAAACCAAUAUACUUAUUUCAGUAUUAUAGAUGGUGAAGGCAUUGGUAUAGAAUUGGAAAGAUUAUAUUAUUGAACACUUGUAGUCCCAGCUUUGUCUGGGAGUGGUGUUAUCUUUGCCCAAAAGAGAUGCGCUUGGAAGUACGUAAAGUCAUUUAAAUGUCCAUGAUUAGUUUUUUCCACUUUGAAUAGAAUGUACUCAGUGGCUAAAGAAGAAAAUCUUAGAAGGAAGCUGUUAAAUGAUUAUCUAAUUAGAAAAACUACAAAAGCAUGAACCAAAGAAGCUUUUUCUGUUUUGUCUGGGCAGUAGUUAAAAUGACUACUCACAAUAGUCAUGAUGUUUUCAGGGAAUGAGCACAAAUAAAAGGUGUCUUUUUACUUAGACCUCGUUAAUGGUCUAACGGAAUCUUACUCAGUAACAGGAUUGAUCAGUUCAUGGUUUUGGUUGCUGAAAGUAGAUGGGAUAAAAUCAAUGACAAAUGUUGUCAACAAAAGGGAUUUUCAAGUUUUCUCUGUUGGUGAGAGAAUUUCACGUUUGUUUCACCAUGGCAACGAGAAGAGCUGCCUUUUCUGAAGCCACGAAGAAGAGGCUUGUGUUAUCUCCACGGUGACUGGAAAAAACAAAGUAUAUGGCACUGAACAUAUUGUGCAGAGAGUGACCACUGUCCUAACCUCUUACCUUCAGUUCAAGUGGUGAAUUUGAAUAAAAUCAGUAAAUGAAAUUGAAAACCUACCAGAAGACAAAACUUAGCAUAACUGUUGGCUGACCCCCUUAAUCGUGCUUGUCCCUACAUUCACAUUUCCAUUGACUGUGUUUUUGUUAGUGUAAGAAAUAGGCCAUGUGCACAUCCGGGUCACGAGUGAAAGCAAUUCUCCCAUUGACGCUGAUGACAGAGAACUUGAACAAUACUCGGAAUUCACUUGUAUUGGAGAGGGAACUGCCCAGUGUUUCCAGCUCAGCGCGUCUGGGGCGUGUUUUUGCACGGUGACGCUCCAUGAUUCUUGUGUAGCCAGUUCACUGUUGUAGGUGUAGCUCAUGAAAAGAGCACACGUCUUGGAUGCACCUCUCAUCAAAGGUACCCUGUCUUGUACGUGGUACUAAAAGUGUCCUGUGCACGUGUGCAUCACUGCUGGUAGCCCUGCAGCUUGGCUUAAAUGAGUGGGUGAAUGAAUUAACCAGGAGGAACUGUCAUGGGUUGCCUUUGUCAUUCUACUGAGAGUGAAAAAAAAUCCAAUUCCUUCCUUCAUGCAGAUGCAUCUCUAUGGGGAUUUGAUUCCCAGAGUUACGUGAACUGACUUCGCUAAGCAGAUGACUAGAACAUUCUGAGCGAAGGCAAGCAGAAGAAUGCCCCCCGUGGUUCUGGUUCUUGCCAGCAGGGCCAGAUUUGGAUCCCAUGGUUAGGCACCCAUCUGUAGCCCAAGGGUCUCCAGCUUCUGUGACUUGGAGCUAGCCUCCUAUGUCACCAACCCUCAGACAUGCAUAGCAGUUUCUGAGAUGACAGGGGUCUCCUGUGGCCUCAGGACCUGUCUUGGGGCCAACAUGGUGUCUUUUGUCCACAGCCCCAUGUGGUGAUGGAGCCUCAGGCCCGGACUGCCGUACACGGCUUCCUUGCUGAAGGCAGGGUCCUCCAAGGCCACCUUGGUUCCGGACAGAACUGGGGAAGUGUGUCUCCCUCCCGCCACCCCUUCCCCUUCUUGGUCCAUGCGGGGGACUGAACUGUGUGGUUGUCAUGGAGACGGCCUCUGCCCAUGGUCUCCGUCUCAAAAGAAAGAGGCUGCGAAGUCGGGCCGUUGGCCGAGCUGGAGCUGGAUAUUGGAGACAAACGUCCCACUGCCCUUCCCGACCCCCAUCCCAUGCGUGCGUGGACUGGACGGGCCUUUAUUCUCCUGAAGAUGAAAAUCGUGAGGGGAAAAGCAGCCUGCGGUGGCCCACCCCAUCCAUCCAUCAGACCUCAGCAGAUGUUUCUGAACCAUAGUUCAUUUAGGAUCAAGCUGGGGCUUCGGGACUGCACGCACACAUUUAUAGCCUCAAGUUUUUAAUCAAUGCUUUUUCCCCCGGCAGAAGUCCUGUUUGACUAGGAGAAAUUUCCGUCAUUUUUUCAUAAUGUGCAAUGUGUUGUCACUGUGUCCACUGUGAGCACUUCCUGGGGACCCAGAAUAAAAUAAGUAAAAAAUAAAAAUUAAAAAAAAUCAAAAAGCAGGAGGCUCUGCCCUCCACCGUCUUACGAUCCAUUCGAGGACAUUGAUUUAAGAAACAGGAACUUGAUGCGACAGACAGCCUGCCGCG